AUGCAGGCGGCUGCGGUCUUCACCUGUGUGACGCAGAGCUGGUCAUUGGUCCCACUGGUGUUCAUCGCCAAAGGGCCCUUUUCCGCGGGUCGUGAGCAGAGCGUGUGGCUCCUGAGCAGUCUGCCGCCACAGCAACUGUCAGGCAGCUGCCAAUCAAAAUAUCAGGCAUCCUACUGCCGCAGGCUCCAGGCUGCGUCAUUCUCAGUCCGCGACACUUGUCAUCAGAAAGUCUCUUCGGACAAACUGGCCUUAGUGGGAGGCAGCGUGUACAGCCUGCGGGCUGCUUUCUCUAGGCACUUCUGCGUCCGCAGCUCUUUCAUUGAUGUGCAGCGAGCUCCUUCCUCGUCCACUGUUGUCUUCUAA